AUGGACCAAGACUAUGAGAGGCGCCUCCUGCGACAGAUCAAUCUUCAGAAUGAAAACACCAUGCCUUGUGUAGCAGAGAUGAGGCGGACAUUGACUCCCUCAAAUUCUCCUAUGUCCUCUCCAAGCAAGCACGGAGAUCGAUUUAUUCCAUCCAGAGCUGGUGCAAAUUGGAGUAUUAACUUCCACAGGAUAAAUGAAAACGAGAAAUCCCCAAGUCAAAACCGGAAAGCCAAAGAUGCUACAUCAGAUAGUGGAAAAGAUGGCCUUGCAUACUCUGCCCUACUUAAAAAUGAACUUUUAGGAGCUGGAAUUGAGAAGGUUCAGGAUCCCCAAACUGAAGAUCGUCGUUUGCAGCCUUCUACACCAGAGAAGAAGAGCCUUUUCACAUAUUCCUUAAGUUCCAAGAGAUCAAGUCCUGAUGAUGGAAAUGAUGUGUCUCCUUAUUCUUUGUCGCCUGUGAGCAACAAAAGUCAAAAGCUUUUGCGUUCUCCACGAAAGCCUACCCGCAAGAUUUCCAAAAUUCCAUUCAAGGUGCUUGAUGCCCCCGAACUGCAGGAUGAUUUCUACCUCAAUCUAGUUGACUGGUCAUCUCUUAAUGUCCUAAGUGUAGGACUGGGAACCUGUGUGUACCUUUGGAGCGCAUGCACUAGCCAAGUUACAAGACUGUGUGAUUUAUCUGUAGAAGGGGACUCUGUGACAUCAGUGGGUUGGUCUGAAAGGGGGAAUCUGGUGGCUGUGGGUACGCACAAAGGUUUUGUGCAGAUUUGGGAUGCAUCAGCAGGAAAGAAACUGUCCACUUUAGAAGGACACACAGCUAGAGUUGGGGCCUUAGCUUGGAAUGCAGAUCAGCUUUCCUCUGGGAGUAGAGACCGUAUGAUCCUGCAAAGAGAUAUUCGCACACCACCUGUGCAAUCUGAAAGAAGGUUACAGGGUCACAGGCAAGAAGUAUGUGGCCUCAAGUGGUCUACUGAUCAUCAGUUGCUAGCAUCCGGAGGAAAUGACAACAAGCUCCUGGUAUGGAAUCACUCCAGCUUGACACCUGUCCAACAGUACACAGAGCACCUUGCUGCAGUGAAGGCAAUUGCUUGGUCUCCUCACCAGCAUGGCCUUCUUGCAUCAGGAGGAGGUACCGCUGACCGUUGUAUCAGAUUCUGGAAUACACUUACUGGUCAGCCUCUCCAGUGCAUUGACACAGGCUCUCAAGUCUGCAACCUGGCCUGGUCAAAGCAUGCUAAUGAACUUGUGAGCACUCAUGGCUACUCUCAGAACCAGAUACUUGUAUGGAAAUACCCAUCUCUAACACAAGUGGCAAAACUUACUGGACAUUCCUACAGAGUUCUUUAUCUUGCCAUGUCCCCAGAUGGUGAAGCCAUUGUUACAGGUGCAGGAGAUGAAACAUUAAGGUUUUGGAAUGUUUUUAGCAAAACAAGAUCGACAAAGGUAAGGUAG